ACGUGAAUCCAACAUGAAGCUCCUUCUCAUCUGUGUGCUCCUUGGAGCAGCUGCUGCCUUUGAGGAUGAUGAUGAUAAGAUUGUUGGAGGAUACACCUGCACCAAGAACUCCGUCCCAUACAUUGUGUCCCUGAACUCCGGAUACCAUUUCUGCGGAGGGUCCCUGAUCGCCAGCCAGUGGGUCGUCUCUGCCGCUCACUGCUACAAAUCGAGCGUUCAGGUCAGACUUGGAGAACAUAACAUCGCUGUGAGUGAAGGCACCGAGCAGUUCAUCAACUCCGUCAAGGUCAUCAGACACUCUGGAUACAACUCCAGAACCCUGGACAACGACAUCAUGUUGAUCAAGCUUGCCUCCCCCGCCACCCUGAACUCCUACGUGAAGACCGUGGCUCUGCCCUCCGGCUGCGCCGCCGCUGGAACCAGCUGCCUGAUCUCCGGCUGGGGCAACACUCUCAGCAGUGGCACCAACUACCCAGACCUCCUCCAGUGCCUGAACGCCCCCAUCCUGACCUCCUCCCAGUGCAGCAAUGCCUACCCCGGAGAGAUCACCGCCAACAUGAUCUGCGUUGGUUACAUUGAGGGAGGCAAGGACUCCUGCCAGGGUGACUCUGGUGGCCCCGUGGUCUGUAACGGACAGCUCCAGGGUGUUGUGUCCUGGGGAUACGGCUGCGCUCUGAGGAACUACCCCGGCGUGUACACCAAGGUCUGCAACUACAACUCCUGGAUCCAGAACACCAUCGCCGCCAAUUAAAAAUUCUUAACUUUAACACUUUAAAUUUCUGAUUUGUAUUUCUGUUACUACUACCUGCAUCUUAUUCAGAAAGAAUGUAAUAAAUGACAAUUUAACAAAA